UUACGACCAGGUAAGCCGUACGAGUUGCCUGGUUAGUUUAUGUCUCAUGCGUGAAAAGUUAUAAAAAGAACGCGAGAUGUCGUUAUCAACGGCGCGACCGCUUGUUACGGUAUACAGCGAUAAAAAUGAGUCGUCAGGGGAUACAAUUUCUCUUCCGGCUGUGUUCAAAGCACCGAUUCGACCUGAUAUCGUAAAUUUUGUUCACCAACAAGUCUCGAAGAACAGCAGACAACCAUAUUGUGUAUCAAAAGAAGCUGGUCAUCAAACUUCUGCUGAAUCAUGGGGUACUGGACGUGCUGUAGCACGUAUACCCCGUGUACGUGGUGGUGGUACUCAUCGUUCUGGCCAGGGUGCAUUUGGUAACAUGUGUAGGGGUGGUCGCAUGUUUGCCCCAACAAAGCCAUGGAGACGCUGGCAUCGUCGAAUUAAUGUUAACCAGAAAAGAUAUGCUUUGGUCUCUGCUAUUGCUGCAUCUGGUGUCCCAGCCCUUGUACAAUCUAAGGGUCACAUGAUACAAGAAGUGCCAGAAUUUCCAUUAGUGGUGUCAGACAAAAUUCAAGAAUAUAACAAGACCAAGCAAGCUGUUAUUUUCCUGAGACGCAUCAAGGCAUGGAAUGAUAUUCAAAAAGUAUACAAGUCUCAACGUUUUCGUGCUGGUAAAGGUAAAAUGCGUAAUCGUAGACGCAUCCAACGGCGUGGACCUCUAAUUGUAUAUGGUCAAGAUCAGGGCAUACGUAAGGCAUUCCGUAACAUUCCCGGUAUCGAUCUUAUGAAUAUUAAUAAAAUGAACUUACUUAAAUUGGCACCUGGUGGUCACGUUGGACGCUUCGUAAUUUGGACGAAAUCCGCUUUUGAGAAAUUAGACGCUCUUUACGGAACUUGGCGUAAGGAAUCCCAACUUAAAACCGACUACAACUUACCUUUCCCGAAAAUGGCGAACACGGAUCUGUCGAGACUUCUGAAAUCUGAGGAAAUUCGUAAAGUUCUACGAGCUCCAAGGAAGAAGGUGGUCCGCAGUGCCAAGAAAUUGAACCCAUUGACUAACACCCGAGCGAUGUUACGCCUUAAUCCAUACGCAGCCGUUUUGAAACGUGCAGCAAUCUUAACGGCGAAGAAACGUCAACAAGAGAGGGACCUUCUUCUUGCGGAGAAGCGCGGAAUCAAAUUGGCCAAGACCGUACCUGCCGUAAAGACUAAGUUACUUCAGGAAAGACGCAGGAAGCAGAUCUUAGCCGCUAGAGCAGCCAAACCCAAGUUGGUGAAAAAUUUAAAGGCAACACCAGUUACCGUGGCAAAAUCAGCGAAGGCCACAAAAUCGUCUGAAAAAACUGCGGCAAAGAGUGCAGCACAAAAGACCGCACCCGCUAAGAAGUAAUAAGUUUUUAUCAACAAUUUGUUGUUGACCCAUGAACUUUAUUUGUCUUGAAUAAAAUAUGGGAAGACAACUACACGAA